CGUAUCGUAGUCGUAGUCAGAUAUCAUAUCGUUACCCCAGUUUCGGCUGUUUCCAUUCUGUUACAGUGUUACUCAAUCGUUUGUUAGCUUUCAUCUGGUUGAUGUUCUUGUUUUGCCGCCUUCGUUUAUACCUACCAACAGUUAUGUGAAAUCUACUGAACGAGACUUCGUUGGGAGGCCCACAAGCUGCUCGUUGUCGCCCUGAACGCAUUCUUCGUCUGUGAAGGCUGCAGUUCAGCCUCACGGUGUUUUGCUGCCUUGUGAACGUGUUUGGGUUUGCUCGUCGAGAACCUUUCUAGGUUCUUACGAUGAGGGGGAACGGACUGUUUACGCUGAAAAUACCUGAAGAGUUGUGAAAGGAGAGCCGCUUGUGCGGAAGGAGAUUGCUUGGUCAAGUAACAGUACCGAGUAUGCAUUGGAUGAAAGUGUGGAAUGGUGGGCGCAACGUAUUAUUUCGCCGUGGAAACUGCGGACCUUCACCCUUAAGACUUCCACGACACUCAUCAGCGCAGACAUCGCCCUUCUUCACGUGGAGACCCACGUUCCUGGCUGAUCAGGAAAGCCCCGCUGACCAACCGAUCAGCCUGCGCUCCCUACUCUACCGUGCCAUCCUCGCAGCGGAACGCGGUGGCCAGGAAGUGAUCAGCGUCCAGAACUCGGGCCAUCUGGCCACUCGCAGCAAGAGCAUCUGCUUCAAUCCCGUUACAUUGGGCGAUAUUCGCUCGCAUGUGGCCAUCAAGGGCACGCUGAGACAGGCCUUUCCCUCUCUGACCAUUAUCUCCGAGGAGGAUGAAUUGCGCCUGGACAGUGAUGCCGACUAUCUGGAUGGGAGGAAGUUUUACGAGGAGGUUCCGGCGUGGUUGACGGAGACGGUGCCGGUGGAUGAAGUGGUGCGCAGUGGCGAUGUGGCGGUGUGGAUUGAUCCUCUGGAUGGGACCAAGGAGUUCACAGCGGGACUGUAUGAAUGCGUCACCGUGUUGGUGGGGAUUGCGGUCAAAGGGCGACCGGUGGCCGGGGUCAUUCACUGCCCGUUUCCUGAGGGCCGGACGUACUGGGCAUGGGAGGGCAAAGGAGUUUGCUCCCAUUUGAAACAUGUUCACACCAAAGAUUCCUGUCCGAACGAUGUCCUGCGUAUCGCCGUGUCCAAGAAUCCCAUGAAUGCUGGCGAAGUGCAGCAUUUCGCGGAGAAAGCCUUCCACGGGCGCAGUUUCGAACUGGUGCCAAUGGGCGGUGCCGGAUACAAGAUCGUCCAGGUGUGCACGGGUGCGGUGGACGGCUAUCUGCACAUUACGCGGAACAUCAAAAAAUGGGAUAUCUGCGCGGGGCACGGCCUGGUGUCCGCCAUGGGUGGGCGCCUGCAGGGAUUGUGCGGCCAGUCGGUGGACUACACCGCGCCCGUCGACAUGAAGGAGGAUGUGGCAGUGCGCACGGGAUUUCUGUGCACGAUGCAUGAUGAUGCGGGGCUGUUUGAUGGAUGUCGUAGUGCUGUUUUGGGUAUUUGAUUAAUGUGACAGUGGCUGUCUCGGUUCUGAAUUUUUCUUUGUUCUCUGUGGCUCAUUUCUUGUAACGCACACUGUGGAACUUUUUGUUCGAUUUUAACUUUUUUUCGAAUCGUGCCUGGAUUAUCCGUAAUGAGUUUACUCGGUUACUGUUAACUUCAAGUGACAGCGGUUUCGUUUUCCUUCUUUUAUUGUAUUGCAGUCCUUUAAUGUUCUUUGUUUGCAAAAUUAAUCCUUUUUCGGCUUUGUGACAAGCUGAAUAUUUCAUGACCAUUGAAAUUGAAAGUUAUGUACUUUGUCAAAUAAAUUAGCGGGAUGAAUUCGUUCCGAUCU